CAAAUGCUUGCUUAUCAUUUACUAGUAGUAAUUUAUUUUAUCUAGUUCUUGCAUUCACUAUUUUAUUGAUGUUCACUUGAUAUUUAAAUGAUGUUUUUAGGUUUAAGAAGCAAAAACUAAUUUUUAUACUAUUUCAAUUAGUGACUAUAGUAAGUUUUUCUGCAAUUUAUAUCAUACCCCGAAAUGAAAGCACUUUGACUGUGCAGCUAGACUGUGGUCAUCAAGUUACUGAAUUAAGAAGUUGCUAUAAGAAUGCUGAGUCAAUAGAUCAGUGUAAAAUCAACUCUUUAGGAAGUCUAAAUAGAAGUAGUUUCUGUCAAAUGAACUGUGAUAUGUCAUCUCCAAAAAUGUGGCAAACUGUUUGUGAACACUGGCACAUACCCAAGUAUUGCUAUAGUGAAACAAAAAGUAUCAGUUACUUAGCACAAAUCAGCAAAACUUCUAUUAAAAAUGAUAGCUGUGCUUAUAUUUCGGCCUCCAACAUAUCGCUUGAUGGUUAUAAUUACAUUCCGCAUUGUCACAUUGGUGAUGGAUAUGUAGAUGUAAAUGAGCCCUGUAAAUUAAAUUGCACAAAUGAAAAAAUUUCAAGUGUCUUAAAUGGACAAGAAGUGAAUAUGACUUGUUUGGAUAAUUAUAUGAAUUAUAGGUUAUGUUCAAAUAAUACAAGUAGUUUACUGGAAUUGCAAAAUAUAACCCAACUGGAUCAAUGUUCUGCAUUUUGUAAGCUCGACCGAUCCACACCUUGGAGACUUAUGGAAAUAUGUGAGGGAUGGGGUGCAGAUGCUGCUGCAUCGUGUCAACCCAAAACUACUAUUGGAGAAGGAUUCCCUUCAAAUUUAUCAUUUGUAGGAAAAAUUGAAUUAGCUUCAACAAUCACAGAACACAAUUGUGUUUACAUAAGGCUUCAUCAUAUUGAACUACCAGAUGGGUCUACCCAUUAUCCAAAUUGUAUAACGAAAGCUCAGUACCAGUUGGAGUCAUCACUUUUCCACACAUCAUGUAAAAUAUCUUGCGACAAUACAGUAGUUAAUGAAGUAUUUCAAGCUGCUUCGGAAAGUCAUAAUGAUGCAACAACACAGUACACGAAACAGUUUUGGUUGUUUUUUAUGCUUAUGAUAAUUAGUUGGGUUGGCCAAGCAGUCGUGGUGACGUUUGCGGAUGCUAUAUGCUUUAAUCUUUUAGGUGACAAAACUGCUCAUUACGGCAAGCAGAGGUUAUGGGGUUCUGUUGGUUGGGGCAUAUUCUCUCUCCUUACUGGUGCAUUAAUAGAUCUCUUUAGCGAUGGUGCUUAUAAAGAUUACACGAUUGCAUUUAUAUUUAUGUUCGUCUUUCUAAUUGGAGAUGUAGUUGUGUCAUGCUACCUCAAAAUCGAAAGCACUAAAAUGUCUAUGAGCAUUUUAGCGGAUGUCGGUACUCUAUUAUCGUCUGUACCUACUGUAGUGUUUAUGGUAUGGACAGUUGCCGUAGGAAUAUGUACGGGACUCAUUUGGCAGUUUUUGUUUUGGCAUCUUGAAGACAUCGCAGCUACUACAUGCGAUGGCUCUGAAUACAUAAAAACCCUUCAAGGGCUAGUCAGUGCUAUUCAAACUUUUGGAGGCGAGAUACCAUUUCUCUUUGUCUCAGGGUACAUUCUCCGGAAGGUUGGACAUAUCAACAUGAUGUCAUUGGUAUUGUUUGCUUUCGGGGUCCGAUUUAUUCUUUAUUCUCUACUCACUAAUGCAUGGUGGGUUCUGCCGAUCGAAUUAUUCCAGGGUAUCACUUUUGGAAUGUUUUACCCUACCAUGACGUCAUAUGCCAAUGUGGCGUCCCCACCAGGAACUGAAACUACGGUUCAGGGCUUGGUGGGUGCUAUUUUUGAAGGCGUUGGUACUUCACUUGGUAGCUUCGUCGGAGGCCGUCUGUACCAGUCGUAUGGUGGCAGGAACACAUUUCAAUGGUUCGGUAUAGGCUCACUCGUCGUUUGCGUGAUACAUGUAUUUGCUCAAUAUUUAUUAAGAAGGAACCCGGCCCAUGUUGGAUUUAGACAAGGAUACUCGUCUGUGAUACGUUACGAGCAACCAAACGACAUGGUGCAUAUUUUAGAAGAUAUGGCUGAAAGUAACAGAUGAAUCUGUUAAUCGAACCAAGUUCCUAUACAGUUUAGUAUUUUUUUAUAAGCUCUGUAAGAACUGUGAUAAAUUUACAUAUUUUUUAUUUGACACUUUUAAUAUGUUUUCAUAUUUCAUUGUAAGCGUAUUUUUUUUGGAUUUAUUCAAAAUAUUAUGUCCUGUUUAUUUUUUUAUACAAAUUUACAAAUACUAUCAGUUUCUAUGCAAGCUAAACUUAAAAACUAAAGUUUAUAGUGCUCAUAUGUUUAAUGUUUUUACUGUAAGAUUCUAUGGUCCUGGUGCUUAAUUAAUUAUAUUUCAAAUCAUUUUGAACCAAAAUAUUGGUAAUUAUAAUGUUUUAUUGAUAUGUACAAUGUACAUACGGCAGUGCAUUAGUGUACUUAUACUCCAUUCAUUAUAGCAUUAGACAGAAGUUAAAUAAGGUUCUUUUUAUGGUAAAC